GAGUAUCAAGGAUAAAGAGUAUAUAAUUGGGGGAAAAUGUUUAAAUUUAUGAAGAUUGUAUUGAAUCGUACUCAGUUGGAGACUUCCAAGUUUGCCUUCUACUUACUUACACCAAUCUGUGUGAUGUACUACGUUGGUUUUGAUACCGACAAAAAAUUUAAUAUGCCUGGGUUUUGGCCUGAUCCAGCUACCCUUAACCAAAUCCCUAAGGAACCUCAUGAAAUCCAAGCUGAAGUUGCCAGAAUUAAAAGAGCAAGAGCUGAAAAGAGAGCUAGACUCGAAGCAAAGGCACGUGAGUUGGGAAUUGAAGAAGAUGAUGAAAAUAAAUAA